CGUCGCCUCGCUGCGCGACGCCGGCAGAGCGAUGGCGGGGGGCGGCGGGCCGGCGGCUCCGGCGGAGGAAAAUGGCGGCGCCGCGUCCCGCGGUCCGCGCCGAAAGCGGCUGUGGAGGAGGCCCGGCCUGCUGCGCGAUGUCAUGGGCAGCGUCCAGGAGGGACGAGGAUUUGCAUUUCGGAGAAAACAAAAGAUUGAAAGACAAUACAGGAAAUUAUUGAAAAGGGGAAGAAAGGUCCAUUCACAACAGGAUAAUCAGUUUACUGACACUUAUCCAGAGCACUUGAAACAUCUUUACCUAGCUGAGGAAGAAAUGCUUAAGAAACGGUGCAGGGCUCCAGAUGAUUCAGUUUUAUCAGAAGAAAAACUUAAUAAAGCAGUAGAGUCAGUUAUGACUGAAGGGAAGUUUAAGAAGAAAACAUCCAAUCAGAAGGCAAAAGAAGAGUAUGAGAAAAUAAAGGCUGAGCGUGCUAGAAAGAAAGAGGAAGCAGAAAAAAGAAAACAACAAAGAGAAGCAGCUCAACGGUUGUACAAGCAAAAGAAAAUGGAAGCUUAUAAAAUACUGAGUAAGAAGACAAAAAAAGGACAGCCAAAUCUAAAUUUACAGAUGGAGUUUCUUCUUCAGAAAAUACAACAAAACACGUAAACCUCUGCAUACAUCUUAAUUGCAGGCUUUGAGUUACCUGUGGACUUUUUAUAAAAUUACUUUUAAUAAAUAAUGUCUUUUUGCUUCUAUAUCUCUUUUGUCAUUGGCUUGAUUUAUCUCAUCAGUCCAGCAGUGGAGGAUAUUCAUCCUGAAAUAUGUAUUCCAUGCUGAGAAUGAGAGAUCUGGUACCCUGAAAAUAAAUGGUCUGUAUUUCUAAGCUUAAAUUUUAUUAGCUAUGUAAUAUCCUGAAUUCCAAAUCAUUAGAGCCUAAUACCAUCUGAACAUGAA